CAGCCGGUCAGCUGGUCACUCUGUCUCGUGGACGCCGAAAACAAGUAAAUAUUGCAUUUAUCUGAGAAGUUUUCGCAUUUCUGUUCCAGGAUAAUCACUAAAUCGCACAUCCCUUACGGAUGUAGCGGCUAUCUUAACGUGCACACAAGAAACAAAAGAAAGUUAGUCCGAAAUGGCCAAUCGCACGGUGAAGGAGGCGAAAAACGUGCACGGCACAAAUCCGCAGUACCUCAUCGAGAAAAUCAUUCGCUCCCGCAUCUACGACUCCAAGUACUGGAAGGAACAGUGCUUCGCUCUCACGGCCGAACUGCUGGUGGACAAGGCCAUGGAACUGCGGUUUGUUGGCGGCGUCUACGGUGGCAACAUCAAACCCACCCAGUUCCUUUGCCUCACGCUGAAGAUGCUGCAAAUCCAGCCGGAGAAGGACAUUGUGGUGGAGUUUAUCAAGAACGAAGAGUUUAAGUACGUGAGAGCGCUAGGAGCCUUCUAUCUCCGCCUCACAGGAGCUGCUCUCGACUGUUACAAGUAUCUGGAACCGCUUUACAUCGACAAUCGGAAGCUGCGACGCCAGAAUCGAGCUGGCCAGUUUGAGAUCGUAUACAUGGACGAGUACAUUGACGAGCUGCUGCGCAACGAUCGAGUCUGCGACAUCAUUCUGCCGCGCAUCCAAAAGCGCUCGAUUCUGGAGGAAAACAACGAGAUCGAGCCUAAGGUGUCUGUGCUGGACGAAGAUCUGGACGAUGAGCUGCCCAGCGACGAGGAGAAGGCGGCGGAUGACCGGGACUCAAAUAGGCCGAAAGAGAACUCGUCCUCGGCUGUGCGACGUCCACGUAGAGCACGCUCCAAUUCUAGGUCACGCAGCCGGGACCGUGACAGGAGAACUGGCCAAGGAAACAACCCCCGCUCCCGGGACUACUACGAUGAACUCGAGGAGUACGAUCGUCAGCGGAAUCGCGUCCGCCAUCGGGACACUCAGAACGAUGACUACGACAGGCGGCAGACCACUAGUGGACGCCAGGAUCGAGAUCGGGACCGAGAGCGUCAGGAUCGGGACAGGAUGCGAGACCGUGACAGGUACAGCGAGAGGGAUCGGCGGGAGCGCGAUCGGGAACGGGAGCGGGAACGCGACCGCGGUGGCCGACACGACCAGCGGGAUAGAGAUUCGCGAGGAGAUCGCGAUCGGCGUCGGUACUGAGUAAAUAAUUGUAAUUUAAAAUGUAAUAAAA